AUGUUCAAGGGCGAGCGACUUACUGUGCAGUUUGCUCGAGGCCCCCGCCGGAAGGACGACUUCGCUGGCCCCUCUGACCGAAACGUCCCCCGGCCACGUCGCACUAUCUAUCGCAUGCAGAUUACCGGACUCCAACCGGAUACUAGUUGGCAGGAUCUCAAGGACUUUGCGCGAAGCUCAGGUCAACUGGAUGUCGUGUACUCCGAGACUGGCCGUGACCGUGACGGUAAAGGAUUUGUGGAAUUCGAAACCUCGUCCGACCUCAAGACUGCUGUGGAAAAACUAGAUGGACAGACCUUUAAGGGAGCGACUGUCCACUGUACGCCCGAUAUUCAAGAAGAAAGACCGGACAAUCGCAGCUAUCGACAGAGAUCCCCACCUAGGAGUGGCGGCCGAUACGGUCCUGUUGAUGAUUACGAUCGGCGCGGGCCUCCUCCACGAGGCUGGAGCCCACGAGGCUACCGUGAGCGCUCGCCUGGACGUCGCCCACCUAUGGAUGACUACUACGAUCGAGGCUAUGGAAGACGCACUCCACCCAGGGACUACGGACCACCACCACCGAGGAGAUACGACCCUGACCCGUAUGAUCCUCGUGGACCGCCACCACCCCCCAUUCGAGGCUAUGAUCCAUAUGCUCGAGGUGGCGACCCGUAUGGCCGAACCAGAAGCCCUCCUCGCUAUGGCUAUUCAGGUGGCUAUGGAAAACUCAGAUCAAACUACUCGGAUUCCCUGAUUCGAGAACCGGAUAACGAAGCCAUGACUGAGCAGGAGCCAUGA